AGGGCUGGGGCAGGCAGGGGGAAACCUAUGGCCACGGCGACCUUCGGAACCCGCCCGCCAGGUUUGGCGGCCAGGGCUGGGGUCUAAGGAGAGGAAGGCUAAUGAAGAGGAGGGGAUGCACUGCUUGCUGUGCCUUUAAGAAGAGCGAGGGCACCGCCGCUCCUCCCCUGCCUGGGAACAGCGUGUGCCUGGGAAAGUUGCCUGCAGCCGACCCUGGAGCAUCUUUGCUCGGUGGCCGGUGGCCCUGCCCCGGGCCCCCAGCUGUGAGGUGGCCGUGGGCCCCAGCAAUCCCCACUGUUGCUCCCCUUGCUGCCCGCAAGAAGAUGCCCCUGGACCUGUCCAUUGCCCUGCCAGGAGCCGGAGGGGAGCUCCUGGGCCAGUGGCCAGGAGGACACAGGCUCCCACGAUGAGCAGCCAACUCCUGCUCCUGGCUGUGCUCCCGGCACUCCUGGGUCCUCCAGCUGCCAUGGCACAGAAGAGGAGCCAAGUAGUGUGCGAGGAUGUGCUGGAGGCUGACAUCGCCUUCCUGGUGGAUGGCUCAUCCAGCAUCGGCAGGAACAACUUCCGUGCUGUCCGCACCUUCAUGGACGAGCUGGUGGGGCCUUUUGUGCAGGUGGUGGGCGAGAAGGCAGUGCGCUUUGCUGUGGCACAGUACAGUGAUGACCCACGGGUGGAGUUCCCAUUCUCCCAGCACAAUGAUGGCACAAGUGUCCGGAGGGCCAUCCAGCAGCUGAGCUACAAGGGUGGCAACACACGGACUGGUGCUGGCUUCCGCUACAUUGCUGACAACUUCUUCGGUCCCACGCAGCGCCGGCCUGGGGUCCCCCAGAUCUGUAUCCUCAUCACGGAUGGCAAGUCCCAGGAUGAUGCUGAAGGGCCGGCAUCAAAGCUGAAGAGCCAGGGUAUCAAGGUCUUUGCCGUGGGUAUUAAGAAUGCUGACCACAAGGAGCUGAUCCGUGUGGCCUCGAUGCCUACUGACGCCUUCUUCUUCUAUGUCGGUGAUUUCAAGCUGCUGGACACGCUGGUGCCGCUGAUGACACGCAGGGUGUGCACGAGUGUCGGGGGCACCCUGCGCCUGCUGGAUGGGCCAAGCCACACUGGCCCCUCCAACCUGGAGAUCCCAGAGCAGGGCCUUGACCAGCUACAGAUCCGCUGGAGAGCAGCCAGCGGUCCCAUCACCGGUUACCGGGUACAGUACGUGCCACUGACAGGGCUAGGGCAGCCGAUCAUGGCAGAGAGGCAGGAGGUGAGCGUGGGGCCACGGGACACAAGCACUGUGCUACGGGGACUGCGCAUGGGGACAGAGUACCUGGUCACCGUCACUGCGCAGUAUGCCAACAGCAUCGGCGAGUCAGUGUCUGGCCGAGCACGGACCCAAAGCCGUGCUGGCUCCACGCUGGAUUUUCGUGUGGUGGAGACUGGACCAACGUUCUUGCGGCUGGCCUGGCAGCCUGGUCCUGAGCCCCCCCAGGGCUACAGCCUCAGCUACGCUGUGCAAGGAGCACCCCAAAGAGAGGAGAAGAGCCUGGCGGCCAGUGCACAGUCAGCCACACUCAGCAACCUGCGGCCCGACACUGAGUACGUGGUGAUGCUCCAGCCCCGCUAUGCACAGCAGCCCGCUGUCCCUGCCACCCUCACUGCCCGGACACGGCACCUGGUGGGCGUGCAGCACUUGACUGUCCACAAUGUCUCAGCACAAAGCAUGCUGCUGGCCUGGCAGUCUGUCAGUGGUGCUACCGGCUACCGGCUCUCCUGGGCGACCCUCACAGGGCAGGACAGGCACAGGGUGGACCUGGAUGCUGGGCAGAUGUCACAUGCACUGGUGGGGCUGCAGCCCAACACCCACUACGUGGUGUUGGUGGCCCCACUCUUCGGGCAGCUGGAGGGGCCCACAGCCACUGUGCGGCAGAGGACAGAGGCAGGUACAGACCAGACGCUGCAGACCAACAUCCUGGGCCCCACAUCCAUCCAGGUGCUCUGGACCAGUGCCCGUGAUGCUCGUGGCUACCGUCUGGAGUGGAAGAGAGCCACAGGACCAGAGCCCCCCAGAAUGGUGUCUCUCCCCAGCAGCACCAAUACCUACCAGCUGACGGGGCUGAAGCCGGGCACUGAGUACCGCAUCACCCUCUACACGCUCUACGAUGGUGGGGAGGUGGCCACCCCCGUCACCACCUUUCAGACAGGCGUGGAGGCACCCGUGGGUGCUGUGUCGGACCUGCGGCUCGUGGAGGAAUCGGGCAGGCGGGUACGGCUGAGCUGGACCGGUGUCCCCGGUGCCACCGAGUACAAAGUGGUGGUGCGCAACAACCAGGAUGGCACGGAGAGGACGAGGCGCAUCCCAGGCAGCCAGACAGGGCUGGAGCUUGGUGACCUCCGGGAGGGCAUCACCUACCUGGUGCGUGUCUCGGCGCUGGCAGGCAGUCGGGAGGGCAAUGCUGCCACGCUCACCGUCCGCCUCAAGUAUCCAGAGGUGGGCAGCGUUUCGGAGCUGCAGGUGAUGGAGGCCGGUCCCAGCCAGCUGCGGGUCACCUGGCGAGGGCUGCCGGGCGCCGGGGGCUACCUGCUGACGUGGCAAGGCAGUGACGGACUCAAGAAAUCUCGCUUCCUCCCUGCCGACCCCACCACCUUCACCAUCGAGGGGCUGCACGCCAACAUUGUCUACACUGUCAGUGUGUCAGCCAUUGUGGAUGGCCGUGAGGGCAGCCCUGUCACUGCCACGGGACGGAUAGUGCCUGAGCAGGUGGGGAAGGUGACCCAGCUGGAGGUGCAGGCAUCCAGGAGCAACGUUGCCCGAGUCACCUGGGUCGGUGUGCCGGGAGCCACUGCCUACCGUGUGAUGUGGAGCCGCAGGGACGGGGGGUUGGAGAAUAGCCGGCGAGUUCCUGGCCACACCAAUUCCUUUGACAUCCCCAACCUGGAGGGAGGCGUCUCCUACACUGUGAAGGUGGCAGCACUCAUUGGCAACCGGGAGGGCAACCCCGUCUCCAUUGUUGUCACCACCCCAGAGGCAGCCCCCCUACGCCCCGUCAGUGGCUUCCAGGUGACGGAGGCCUCGGAGCACCGCCUGCGCCUGACCUGGCUGCCAGUGGCUGGCAGCACUGGGUACCGCCUGCUCUGGCGCCUGGCUGAAGGGGGGCCCCAGCGCAGCCAGCAGCUCCCAGCCACCUCCAGCACCUAUGACCUGUCGGGACUGGAGCCGGGCCGGCGCUACCACAUCAGCAUCACUAGCCUGGCUGGCAGCCGGGAGAGCGAGCCAGCCACCAUCACUGCCAUCACCGGUGACUCAGGCCACAUCACCAGCCUGCGGGUGACAGAGGUGCAGAGAGAUUCGGUGACGCUCACCUGGACCCCAGUCCCUGGUGCCUCCGGCUACGCCCUCUCCUGGAGCCCUCCUGCAGCUGGUGGGGAGAAGGGGCGGACGCUGCCCAGCACUGCCAGCUCCCAGCAGGUCUCUGGGCUGCGCCUGGGCCAGCGCUACACCUUCUCCCUCCGCCCGCUCCUGGGGAGCGCACCGGGUGCCGAGGCGUCCGUCAGUGAGCGCACAGUCUGCAGGGAUGCCCUCGGUGACGUUGUCUUCCUGGUACACGGCACCCGCGACAGCUCCUCUGGUGCCGAUGCUGUCCGCACCCUCCUCUCCAACACCGUGUCCGCCCUGGGGCGCCUGGGCCCCGAGGGCACACAGGUGGCCCUGGCCACAUACAGCUACCGCAGCCUGCCCUGGCUGCUCCUCAACCGCUCCAGUGACCUGCUGGCCGUGCUGGAACAGAUCCGCACCAUGCGCUAUGAGGAGCCCAGCGGCAACGCCAUUGGGGCAGCCAUCACCUUUGCCAGGACCUACCUGCUGAGUCCUGGAGCAGGGCGCCGCCCCGGGGUGCCAGCAGUGCUGGUGGUUCUGGCUGACGGCCCCUCCGGGGAUGAUGCCAUCACUGCGGCCAGGGAUGUCAAGGCUGGGGGGGUCCAGGUGCUGGCAGUGGGCAUGGAGGGGGCAGACCGGGAGCAGCUCCGGCGCAUGGUCACCAGUGAGGACCCGCAGUACAUCUACCAUGGCAGCAGCCUGGCAGAGCUGGAGGGAGAGCUCACCGAUGACCUCUGCACCAUCAUCUCCACCAGGCCAGAGCCAAAGCCGAAGCCCUGCCCUGUGCAGUGCCCCAAGGGCGAGAAGGGAGACCGCGGUGAGGCAGGACUGCAAGGACGUAUGGGACCACCGGGUCCCCCUGGUCAGCCGGGUCGCCAUGGCCUUCCUGGGCCUCCAGGUAUCCCAGGGCCACAGGGUCCACCAGGAGAGAGUGCUGAGCGCCCGGGCAAGAAGGGGGACAGGGGAUUCCCUGGAGCUGAUGGGACGCCAGGAAGCCCAGGACGGCCUGGGAAUCCUGGAUCACCUGGGCAGCCAGGCAUCCAGGGCAUCCCUGGUCCUCGAGGGGAUCCUGGGACACGGGGGCCCAUGGGACUUACUGGCCCAAAGGGGGAGAAAGGUGAACCGGGAGAGCCCAGGAUGAUCACGGAUGGAGAACAGGGGCUGCCGGGCCGGAAAGGGGAGCCAGGUGUGCCGGGCAGCCCCGGCUCGCCUGGGAUCCCCGGCCCACGAGGGCCCCUUGGUGAUCCAGGCCCCCCCGGUCCACUCGGACCCAUGGGGCUACCAGGACCUCCUGGAGAGUUUGUGAAGGGAGAAAAGGGUGACCGAGGGGAAAGGGGCCCCCCUGGACUCGUGGAUGGGGCAGCACCUCGAGGGGAGCCUGGACCCCCAGGCCUGCCUGGGGACCCCGGGCCUCGGGGACCUGCUGGUCCCCCUGGCCUGAAGGGAGAGAAGGGUGAUGGCACAGAAGGUUUUCCAGGGUCACCUGGCCGCCCUGGAGACCCAGGAGACAGGGGUCCUCGUGGACCACCAGGGGAGCAGGGCAGGAAGGGAGACCGUGGGGCACCAGGAGAGCUGGGAGAGACAGGCGAGAAGGGAGACCGUGGUGUGCCGGGCCCCGAGGGUGAGAAGGGUGAGACGGGAGCCCCAGGGCGCCCAGGGCCAUCGGGCAGAGAGGGAGCUCCAGGACCGGCUGGCCCUCGGGGGGAGAAGGGCGAUCCAGGACCACCCGGCAAGCCAGCUCCCAGCGUGGCCGGUGUUGGAGGAGAGAAGGGUGACAGAGGUUUCCCAGGACCAGAAGGACCUCCUGGCCCCAAGGGUGACACAGGAGAUAAAGGUGCUCGCGGUCCCCCUGGCCUGAGCAUCCCAGGGCCAGCCGGCCCCAAAGGCGAGCAGGGCGAUCGGGGUAUCAUUGGCCUCACAGGCAGGAGUGGCCCAAAGGGUGACCCAGGAGAGCCAGGGGAGAAGGGGGAGCCAGGCCGAGCAGGCGCCCCAGGGCAGAUCGGGAUGCGAGGCAAGGAGGGAGAGCGAGGAGAGAAAGGUGACGAAGGCACCCCGGGUGAAGCGGGUCUGCCUGGCAAGCCUGGAGACAGGGGUCCCCGGGGCCUGCCUGGCUACCGUGGCCCCCCUGGGGAGAAGGGUGACUUGGGGGACCCAGGACCUGAAGGCAGGAAUGGCAGCCCUGGAGCACCAGGGAGCAAGGGUGACCGUGGGGACCCGGGGCCUCCUGGACCCCCAGGAAGAACUGUCGAUGUUGGGCUCGGAGGAGCUGGGGAAAAGGGGGAGAAGGGGGACCCUGGCGACCCUGGCGAGGAUGGUGCCAAGGGCGCCCGGGGUGAUGCUGGCUCCCCUGGAGUGCCUGGAGAGAGGGGUGUGGAGGGCCCCCGUGGCGCCCCUGGCACACGGGGUGACCCUGGGGACCGAGGCCUGCCAGGAGAGAAGGGGGACCGUGGCCCACCAGGGCUGGAUGGCCGCAACGGGCUGGAAGGCAAACCUGGGCCCCCAGGGCCUGCUGGGCUGCGGGGGGACCCAGGAAAGCAGGGAGAUCCUGGCCGGGAUGGGCUGCCCGGGCUGCGUGGGGAGCAGGGACCACCUGGCCCUGUGGGUCCCCUGGGACCACCCGGCGUCCCUGGCAAACCCGGUGAGGAUGGCAAACCUGGCCUGAAUGGCAAGAAUGGAGAAGAUGGGACGCCAGGAGAGGAUGGGAGAAAGGGAGACAAAGGGGAUACAGGAGUCCCUGGCAGAGAGGGCCGCAGCGGUGCCAAGGGCGAGCAGGGGGACAGAGGAGUGCCAGGCCCCCUCGGCCCCCCUGGCCUUCCCGGUGUCCCAGGGCUGGUCGGGCCCCCAGGGCAGGGCUCCCCAGGCCUCCGUGGGAUAGCCGGACCAAAGGGGGACCCAGGGGAGCCUGGACUGCGAGGGGAGCCGGGGCGACCUGGCAACCCUGGAGCACGUGGAGACCCUGGGACUACAGUGAACAUUGAACGUAGCCUGGAAGCGCUUGGCAUCAAGGUUUCAUCCCUGAAGGAGCUCACGGGUGCCUAUGAUGGGAGCUCAGACUCGUUUCUGCCAGUGUCUGAGCGGCUGCGGGGCCAGAAGGGCAGUCGGGGGGAUCCAGGAGAAAGGGGGCCCCCAGGCCGAGAGGGCUCCUUAGGCUUCCCUGGCGAGCGAGGACCCAAAGGUGACAAGGGGGACCCUGGUACCCCCGGCCCGCAGGGCCCCAUGGGCCGGGCCGUGGGUGAGCGGGGUCCCGAGGGCCCGCCCGGGCAGCCAGGGGAGCCUGGCAAGCCAGGCAUUCCCGGAGUGCCAGGCCGGGCCGGGGAGCUGGGGGAGUCUGGGCGGUCUGGUGAGAAGGGCGACCGGGGCGAGAAGGGCGACCGAGGUGAGCAGGGAAGGGAUGGCUUGCCUGGACCCCCAGGGCCCCCAGGGCCCAAGGUAGACGUGGUGGAGGGCAGCCUGAUGGGCCUCCCAGGCGAACGCGGCCCCAUCGGACCCAAGGGAGUGAAGGGUGAGCCAGGAGCCGAGGGCGAGCGGGGACCCAAAGGAGAUAAGGGUGAAGGUGGCUCGCGGGGUGACCGAGGGGAGCCUGGCGAGAAGGGCAGGGACGGCGCCCCGGGUCUCCCGGGUGAGAGAGGGCUGGCAGGCCCUGAGGGGAAGCCGGGCUUGCCAGGCUUCCCUGGCGUGCUGGGACGCCCGGGCAAUCAGGGAGACCCAGGACCCCCAGGACCUCCGGGCAGCACUGGCCCACCAGGGACCCCGGGCCCAGCUGGUGCCAAGGGUGAUCGGGGGGACCCUGGCUCUGGCAUCCGUGGCUUGCCUGGCCCCCAGGGCAACAUGGGCCUGCCAGGACCCCUUGGCCCCCCCGGUCCAGGGGGCCCACCGGGUGUCCCUGGGCUGCCAGGACAAGUGGGGGAGAGUGGGAAGCCAGGUGUGCCAGGCAGGGAUGGUGUGCCAGGGAAGGACGGUGAGGCAGGAAUGCCUGGGAAGAUGGGCUUACCGGGACCUUCGGGGCCUGCUGGUCCCAAGGGAGAGCCAGGGGAUGCUGGAGCCCCAGGGCAGGCCAUCGCUGGUCCCCCCGGAGCCAAGGGAGAGAAGGGCGAGCCGGCGCUGCUGGAGGGUGUGCUGCUGGGAGAGCCCGGCUCCAAGGGUGACCGAGGCUUGCCAGGCCCCAAGGGCGAGAAGGGGGAGCCAGGAAGGUUUGGGGAGCCAGGAGAUCCUGGGGAAGAUGGAGCCAAGGGAUCCUCUGGAGCCAAAGGGGAGAAGGGAUCACCGGGUGUCGGUGCACGGGGACCGCCAGGACAGGAUGGGCCUCCAGGUUUGAAGGGUGACACUGGCUUGCCAGGAUUACCAGGACCCCCAGGCUUAGCAGGCAUUGCUGGGACGCCAGGACAGCCAGGCCUGAGAGGGGAAAAUGGACAGCCUGGCCCUCCGGGUUCCCCAGGAGAGAGGGGUUUGAUCGGCUUUCCAGGCAGGGAUGGCACCGUUGGACCACCAGGACCUGUGGGGCCCCCAGGGCCGGCCGGCAUACAAGGGGCCCCUGGCCUGAAGGGAGACAAGGGGGCUGCGGGGGCCGGGCUGCCAGGAGCCAGAGGUGAACGUGGUGACCCGGGACCACGGGGUGAAGAUGGGCGCCCAGGGCCAGAAGGGGAUCGUGGGCCAGCCGGCUUGCCUGGGAACCGGGGGGAGCGUGGGGACAAGGGGGACCUUGGGGCCCCAGGACCCAAAGGAGACAAGGGCGAUACUGUGGUGGUGGAGGGGCCGCCUGGAGCACGGGGCAGCAAGGGGGAACCGGGAGAGCGUGGCCUGAAGGGCACAGAAGGGGACAAGGGGGACAAGGGGGAGCAAGGCAUGCUCGGAGAGAAGGGGAUGAGGGGUGAACAAGGAGAGAAGGGCUCCAUGGGCUUCCCUGGGGCACGUGGCCCUAGCGGGCAGAAGGGAGAGGUUGGAGUGCCGGGAGAGCCUGGCGAGCCGGGUCAGCCUGGCCGCAAUGGGAUCCCUGGGGCCCGGGGAGAGAAGGGGGACAUGGGACCCCUGGGCAUGCGUGGCCUCAAGGGUGACCGGGGCAUGAAAGGUGCCUGUGGCCUCAAUGGGGACAAGGGUGAGAAGGGAGAGCCAGGGAUCCCGGGGCGCUCAGGACUGUCAGGGCGGAAAGGCGAGCCGGGAGAGCUGGGUCUAUCAGGACCACCAGGCAUUCCUGGGAAGGAAGGGCUCAUGGGACCCAAGGGUGACCGGGGAUUUGACGGGCAGCAGGGAGCCAAAGGAGACCAGGGGGAGAAAGGAGACCGGGGAGCCCCGGGUGUUAUUGGUGGCCCUGGUCCCCGGGGCAGUGACGGUGCUCCUGGCCCCCCCGGGCCCCCAGGCAGCGUUGGCCCACGAGGUCCCGAGGGCAUGCAGGGCCAGAAGGGGGAGAGAGGCCCCCCUGGACAGUCAGUGCCGGGUGCACGUGGUGUGCCCGGCAUCCCCGGCGAGAGAGGAGAGCAGGGCAGUCCCGGCAGCCACGGGCUCCGUGGGGAGAAGGGGGAGCCAGGCAUGACGGAGGAGGAGAUCCGUGCCUUCGUCAGGCAGGAGAUGAGCCAGCACUGUGCCUGCGGUGGCCACUUCCCACGGCACCAGGAUUCACGUGAGCACUCAGGUUGCGGCUCUUCCUUCCUACCCCCCUGCCCCACACGUGUGGCACUGAAGGGGCCCCGGCACCCAGGAGGCUGGGGGGCUCAGCCCAGGAGCAGCUUCCACUCUGCCCAGGGAGGAGGAAGAAUUGUCCGCCAGGAGAGAGAGCAUGACCAAACAGGGUCCUUCUCCACCCAGCCGUUCCCUGCUGGCAGCGCUCACACAGUCCCUGUGCUCAAGCUGUCACACACUGAGGAGGAGGAGGGGCAGGACAGGCAGAUCAUGCUUGACAAUGAUGACCUUGAGUACGACAGCAUGGAUGGAGAGGAGGAGGACUAUGAUGAGGUCCUGGAGGUGGACAGCUUGGAGCAGCCCACACUGGAUGCUGAGCCCUGCAGGCUGCCGCUGGACGAGGGGGACUGCCAGCGCUACACCCUGCGGUGGUACUACAACCAAAGUGUCACCGAGUGCCGGCCCUUCGUGUACAGCGGCUGCCGGGGCAACCUCAACCGCUUCGGCAGCAAGGAGGAGUGUGAGCUGCACUGCGGGCAGCGCCCAGGGGCAGAUUCCCGUGGCAGUGCCGGCAGCAAGGUGGGAGGGCAGCCAAAGGUGUAGGUGCAGGCAGUGUCUCGGCAGGCAGGGCUGCCUGGAAGUGGGGCCCAGCUGCCGCCCCGGCCGGGGCUGGGCUGCCCGUGGUGGCGGGGGCCACGCACCCACCAGCCCCAGCAGGAACCUGGUGCUAUUUCUAACCUGUCUUUAUGCUGCUCAUGGGUUUUUCAUUUCAUAUCAGUUUAUUGUCAUUAAGGUGAAAUUUAUAUCAAAUGGGAAACUGCCUCCCACCAAGGCUUUGAACCCCCUUUCCCAUAUGGAGGUUUCCUGGGCUGUUCUCAGUUUGAUUUUUAAAUUAUUUGUUGCCAACAGCACAAUUCUUAGCCCUGUUCCCUCUCUCUGGAAGCAGAGAUGGGACUUGGCAUAGCUGGGCUCCCUCCCCUCACAUAAUACCCUUGUACUCUUUCCUGCCCCCCACAAACGCCCAAACUCCCUCUCUGCUCCCCUCUCUCUGCCAGGAGAGCUGCCCACAUCCUUGUGCCGGGCAGUGCCUCCCUGCACAGCACCACUCACCCCCAUCCUGCAAUCAACUCCAUCUGAAUAAAUUUCACCUUAACCUCAACUGGGGCCCAGUUCCCCUUUUGUGGCUGCGAUGGUUUGGCAAUGACCUGUGGGGAGACUGGAGGUUCUUUCCAUGUGCUAUCCUCCAGCUCACAUGCCUGCCAGCAGCCCAUCUGUCUUUAAUCUGGGGGAGUCUCACCUGCACCCCCAGGCCUGUCAGGGAAACCCUGAGGAUGGUGCUAUGUUAGAAGAGGUUCCUGCUCGCCCACGCUUACUCUCAAAGGCUUUGUGAAAGUGAUGUUGGCUGCCGGGGUCACAGCCCCUGGUUCCCCCCCAGCCCCAGGGCUGAGUAGGGAGAUGCCCCUCACUGCCCCAGAGCCCCAGGGGCUGCCGGGUGGGUUUUGUGGCCCCCACACGUACGCUGCUCUCUGUGUAUAUCUGUAUACAGCGAAUGUAUAUGUGUACCACUGCGGGGGGGAUGUGUAUUAAAGCUGUGCUCACAGGGA